UUGCUUGUUGGUUACAUGGCAGUUUACAGGGUGUCCUUAGCUAUGGCCAUAUUCUUCUUUGUACAGGCUAUUUUAACAAUUGGUAUAUCAACAAGUCUUAACUGUAGAUCUGGUUUACACAAUGGAAUGUGGGGUUGGAAGUUCUUCAUCCUUUGUCUCAUAUGUGCAGGCGUUUUUCUCAUUCCUUCAAACUAUGUUUCUUUAUAUGGCCAUAUUUGGAUGUAUAUCUCAAUGGCUGGAGCUUCUGUGUUUAUCAUAAUUCAACUUAUGCUCAUUGUAGACUUUGCACAUGCUUGGACUGAUAGUUGGUAAAAUAUUACUUUCAUAAAAUUUUAUUUC